CUUCUCAGAAGCAUGUCUCAGAAAUCCGGCAGACAGACGCAUACUGGCAGGAGUCGCAAAAUGCUCCUACAGCGUCACUACCGUUCGACUGAGGCGGAAGACUUUCUGCAAUUGCGACGGAUCAUCAUAGAUAUAACGCAGGCCCGGGAGAAUCCCCACAAACGACACGAUAUCUUGAUGAAAGCUGCCGAAGUCAUAAGGCAGCUUGACGCAGAUUACCGUUCGCUUCUAGCCGAACAGGUAGCUUCGGCUUCUACUAGUGACACUAGUUCUCCCAUGCAACAGCCUGCCUCGAUUCAUCCAGUGUCAUAUGGUCCUUCUGAGAGAUGGUCAGUGAACUAUGACAACCCGAUAUUUAUGCAUCCACAUAUGGAAAAUAUGCCACACACCAUGUACUAUUGUGAUGCUCCCGCGAGUUUCGAUGAUAUCGCGCCUAGUCACUACGCUUAUUUCAACCAAUCUGGAUAAUUCUUACUUCGUAUAUUAUGGUGUUCAUAUU